CGCACAGGGUAGUCAGUAGUUGUACUGUGCUGUCUGCGUAGAUCAUAAACAGUCUGUUCUCAAUUACAAGCAAUUUAGAUCAUACAUUAUAUUGUGUCAUGGUUGGUUUAUUUAAUCUGUUUUUCUUGAUAUUAUACAUUAUGUAUGGUAUUUGAAGAUAUUCGAUCGAAAUAGAGUGACAAUUUGACAAAGAAAAUAAAAUAAAAUUUAUCUCUCUUCUUAUGAAAGUGUUUUGCUAUAAAUUGACUAAUUUCUUUUGUUAAUUAAUUGCAUUUCAUGACAUUAUAUGUUUAAAUGUGUAUUUAUCAUAAGAACUUAACUUAUAAUAAAAGCAUUAAAUUGGUUUCUUUUGUAUAAUCUCUAAAAAUAUGUUGAAAAACAUCUGUGACGUCACGAUUCCAAUCAGCUGAGGCGUUUGGCCGAGGGAGGGUUUUGUGAUAGUGAACAAAACAAACAAUCAGAAUGGGGGGUGCCGUGAGCUCGGGCCGCGACAACAACGAGCUGAUUGAUAACUUGAUGGGAGGGAAGUACAUCCGAACACGGACCGUGGAAAAAGUGUUCCGCGCACUGGACCGCGCCGAAUACAUGACCCCGGACACCCGGGACCAGGCUUACAAGGAUCUAGCAUGGCGGAAUGGGCCACUGCAUUUGUCUGCUCCCUGUAUAUACAGUGAGGUCAUGGAAAGCCUGAAGCUGAAACCGGGUUUAUCAUUCCUGAAUAUUGGCUCCGGUACUGGCUAUCUCAGCACCAUGGUGGGAUUGAUACUGGGUUCUAGCGGGAUCAGCCAUGGUGUUGAAGUCCGUCCAUUUGUGGUGGAGUAUGCGAACAAGAAACUCGGCCAGUUUAUAGAAAAUUCAGCUAUUCUGGAUGAGUUUGACUUUUGCGAACCUAGGUUCUAUCUUGGUAACGGAUUGUGCCUGGCGCCACUCCAGGCUCCAUACGACCGCGUGUACUGCGGCGCGGGCUGCCCUGAACAAUACGAGAACUAUUUCAAACAGCUCAUAAAGAUCGGCGGGAUCCUGGUGAUGCCUUUGAACGACAACUUGGUGCAAAUGGAACGUGUCUCUGAGACGGAGUGGACCACUCGCACGCUACUCAACGUGUCCUUCGCACCACUCCGAGAACCAUGCAAGAGCGAGACCAGCGAGCUCAUUAGACUAGAGGAGCAGUGCCCGGUGCGGCUGCAGCAGCUGGCGCGGGCCCGCGUCCGCAGCUCCAUGCGGGCCGGGCUGCGGCGCAGGCACCCGCAGCUGCGCUCCCCGCCGCCCUCGCCGCCCCCGCGCGCCGCCUGCCCGCGCCGCAUCUGCAUCCCCAUCGACGACGACAGCGACCUCGAGGGCCUAAACGUCCUGCACGAUUUGGACCGCAACAAUGGGGCCAACGAGAUGAACGCCCUCCUCAGCCUCGUGCUGAGUAUGGGGCAGAACCGCGUAGCUGGAUCGCUGCGCUUCGACACCGGCGACACGUCGUCGGACUCGUCGGCCGACGAGGACGAUCCCCGACCCGGCGGCGGCGACGACGACAACGACGACGGCAACGACGGCGACGCCGGCACCGGCUCCAGCAGCGACCGCGCACUCGAUCUGUCGGCAAACCUCUCGGACAAUCGGGACAACUCGCCGAGAGCGAGCCGCGGUCGCGGAUUGCUUACAUUUGAAUUCCGAAAUGUAGCUCGCACAGAGGGGGACGACAAUCUAACGGGUCCAUUACUACCGCCCCCGCCUCCACCCGAUGAUGCCGGGAGCUCUCGGAAGUCUACAGACACCGAUAAAUCGGAUGAUUCAUCACCUAAAUCAGGAAAAGGCGAUGACAAGACUCGAGAAGUGCCAUCGGAAGUAGAGAUCUAUUUAGGCAAAUCGAGCGAGGCGAUGCCGAGUACUUCCAAGGAAGGGGAGAUGGAGUGGGAGGAAAGCACCGAAGCCACCCAGGAGCUGGUCAGCGAUGAGGAAACCACAGAGGAGGGACCGAAACCGAAGCCGGAGAAACGACAGAAGCUGGACAGUGGCAUUGGAGAGAACUCGCCGUCGAGUUCCUCACCAACUAAGACUGAUUCAAAGACGGACGAGUCGUCGGACGCAGACGGCUCGCGUCGCUCCGACAGCCUCACGGAGGACGUCGAUAAAGAAGCAUUGGCAGGUCGCAGACGGCGGCAGAAGAGGUCCCGUGGCGGCCCGGAGGCGCGCUCGUCGUCCGGGUCGCGCGAGUCCGGCGCGGAGCCGGACGGCGCGGACACGGACGGCACGGAACCGGACGGCGCGCACCGCCGCAAGCGACGCCCGCCGCAGCGGUCCCGCCACCACGAGGACGACGCUCGCCGCGUGCGCCUGUCGCUGUGCAUGAAGCGCGCCGUCAAGGAGCUGCCGCUGCCGCACGCCCUCAAGAAGUACGUCAACCUGCAGCGCUGCUUCGAGUUCUAAACUCCAGGCUCCCUUAUACCAUCAGGUGUUGUUGCGGUGCGGUGCGAUCAGUGGCGUAGCUACCUAGGGGCUAGGCGGGCCGGUGCCCCGGGUCCUCGAGCUCAUGGUGCCCUCGAAUCUUUACCAGAAAAUCUCGAAUCGAACUGAACUUUUCAAAAUUUCCCUAAAUUCUUUCUGUGGGUUGGCAGUGCUGUCAAUUUGACGGAUAGCGAUGUGUGCGUUUUAAUAUAACUAUAAUGUAGGGCCCCCCUCUAAGCAGUGGGGUCGCAUUUUUUUCCCCCGGGGCCCUUGGUUACCUAACUACGCCACUGGGUGCUAUGCGAUGCGGUGCGGUGCGGUGCGGUGCGAUGUUUCAUCGCGAUGCGUCCUCUCUAUGUCUAUUAGAGCCCUUUAAAAUAUUGUACACUAUCCUAACAUCUGCUGUUGAUUAUGUAACACAUUUGUUAAGAGACGUGAUGUGAUUGAUAUUUAUGCGAUUAUAUAAGAUCGAUUUGACAGUUUCAGUUACCAAACUUGCAUGGAGCGUUAUUGCAACUAUCAAACGAUUUGUACAUAGUCCCGAAGUUGGCGAUAACAACGUGUUUGAAUUAAGAAACAGUUUGGGUAGCUUUAUUUAUACAUAUAAUUAGUAAUAAUCAUGGGACCUUGCCACGUUUUAUUUUUAUUGAGUUCCCGAUAUUUCGGCAGUGUUUCAACCGCCAUGAUCACGGGUAAACUGAAGAGCAGCGGGUACAUAGUAAAUGAAAUAUUUUUUAUGGGCAGACAUAUGCGUCUACCUUCACACGUCUUCGUUUG